UGAUUGGUUAGAAUCAGCCAAGGGGGUGGGGCCGGGCUCUUCGUUGAGCGUUUUUCCGGUUUACAUGUUGGGGUAAAAAAAAGAAGAAAAAAAAAAGAAGAGAAAAUCGAAUCCAGAAAAGGAGAAUUAUUUAUGACCUCGACGAUACGGCCAUUACAUUAAUCCGAAUGAGCUCUCAGCAAUUUCCACGCCACGGGCUGCCUGCUUCCAGCGGAGGGGCGCCCCUCAUCCCGGCCGGUGGGAACCUGGUGGCUGUCAAUCAGCCGUCUAACGCCCUAGCGCUCGCAGAAGCUGACGGCGGCCGGGAUGGCGAUCAUGGCCAGCAGGAGCAUCCUCCAGUAGGGGCCGGGGGGACGGUGGGCUUCAGAGACGACAAGCAGGACACUAUGGUGGUCAGACCGUACCCCCAGGUGCAGACACACGGCCUGCCACAGCCCGGCCCCCAGACGGUGUCCAUCCAGUCUGGCACACCUGUGGCCCUCCCGGCAACCCCAUUGCACCUCCCACAGGGCCAACCCGCAGUCCUUACUGACGGACAGAUGAAGGCUGUCCUGAAGUCACCCAUGCCGAGCCGUUUAAUCGCCCCGGCACCCGUCUCCAACCAGGGGCACAUUCCCAUGCCCCCCAAGGUACCGGCGCACAUCACGGCCACCACAGAGAGCAGCAUCGCCACAACACUCUCCAUCCCCGUGGCGACCAUCAGCGGUCAACAGGGUCACACCAGCAACCUGCACCACCUCAUGCCAGCCAACAUUCAGAUCAUUCGAGGCAGCGCCCCCGCAUUGCAGAUUGGGACCCCCGCAGUCCCUUCCCAGACCUUCACGUCUCAUUUACCGCGAGGCGCGGCCGCAGCAGCUGUCAUGUCGAGCUCCAAGACCGUCCUCCGACCAGCCACCGGAGCGAGCGCAGGCCCAGGCCAGCCCACCGUGCAGCACAUCAUCCACCAGACCAUUCAGUCCCGUCCUCCCGUGACCACGUCCACCGCCGUGCUUCCCACCGUCGUGGCCCCGAUCUCAGCUACCAGGACCCAGUCUCCGGUCAUCAGUACGACCGCUACGCACUCAGCAGAGGUGGCUCAUGGGCGCCCAGGACUGACCAUCCACCCGCCUCCAGCCACCGUCAGCAUCCAUAGGCCUCAGACGCCCCGUGACACCACCCGCAUCACGCUGCCAGCCAUCGGGACUCCAAAACCCCAGCCCCCGCACACCCUAACACAGAAGCCCAUCUUCAGUACUGUGACGCCAGUAGCUGCAGCCACGGUGGCACCCAUUGUUGCCACAAACACUGUGCCAUCAACCACCACGAUAGGUACCGUGGCGCACAGCCAAAUGAGCAGCAACACUAUUGUCACCAUGACCAUGGCCUCCCACUCGUCUCACGCCACCGCCGUCACCAACUCCACCAUCCCUGUUGCCAAAGUGGUGCCUCAGCCCAUCGCUCACUCAUCGUCCCGCGUGCAGCCCGACUACCCCGCAGAGAGAGCCAACCUCAUCCCCAUCCAAAGCCACCGGUCGUCUCCCAACCCCGUCACCAUGGAACCCAGAAGCGACAACAGGCCUUCUGUACCAGUUCAGUUUCAAUAUUUCCUUCCGACGUACUCCUCGUCAUAUCCCCUGACCCACACGUACACCCCCAUCAGCAGCUCUGUGUCCACCAUCCGCCAGUAUCCAGUUACUCCCCAAGCACCCAGCUCAGCACUGCCCGCCCAAGCCGGAGUGGGCGUCGCCACCACUGUCCAUCUGAACCACAUGCAGCUGAUGGCGCAAAUCAGCACCCAAGGCAUCCAGCCGGCACCCAUCGCCGCGCAGGGCAUCCAGCCGGCGCCCAUAGGCGUGCAGGGUCUGCACACGACCGCGUCCAUCGGCACGCAGGGAAUCCAGCAGGCCCCCAACGCAACUCAGCACCAGCAACCGCCGUCCGACGCAAAAGCCGGAGUCGUUUUGGCAGAUGGCUUUGUGGCAAACCCUAUAAGCAGCACCAGUCAGCCGGUUGGCACCAUAGUGCAGGCGCAUGGCCAGGGAGGGGCGCCCACCUUGGUGUCCUCGCCGAGGCCCAGCAUCCUCCGCAAGAAGCCCACAACUGAAAGUUGUGUUCGUAAGACCCUCAUCCCCACUCAGCCCAGCGACCAGAGCAGCAGCAGCAGAAUGGAGUGUGGGGUGAGAGGGGCCGGCUCCCCCAGACCAGCAGGAGUCAAACCCAAAACCGAGAUGCACAUGGCGGUGGCCCCUCCCGUCAUGGCCACCGUGGAGGCGCUACCCCCACAAGGAGGGGAGCAGCAGGCCGUGGCUUCCGGCGCCCCGCAUCUCGCCCAGGCCCUGCCCGCCCUGCUGGCCACGCCGGGCCCCGUGCCGCCCUCCCAGCCGUCCUCUGUCCUCUCAGCGUUGCCGGCGGCCAUGGCUAUGACCCCGCCCAUCGUGGCAUCCAUGGCCAACACGGUGGCGUCGCCCACGCAGCCCGCCGCCACCAGCACCGCAGCCUGCAACACCAGCGCCGCUUGCCCUGAUGUGAAAGUCAAGCAGGAGCUGGAGAUGAUGGACACCGCUCAGCCUGAUUCUAUUGUGAACCCAGCCUUGAAUGCCCAGGCCUCCACCCUCAACGUGCCGCCCACAGGAGAUCUGAUCACCGGAGCUUCCCCGAGGAAGAAGCCCCGCAAGCAGCAGCACGUCAUCUCCACAGAAGAGAACGAGAUGAUGGAGACCAACAGCACUGACGAGGAGAAGACACCAGGGCGCCCCGUCACUGGCAGGGCAGAGCGCCGAGAGUCUCCCCCGAGGGAAUAUGUCGACGAGGAAGGCGUGCGCUACGUGCCCGUCCGGCCUCGACCGCCCGUCACUCUCCUGCGUCACUACCGUAACCCCUGGAAAGCGGCCUACCACCACUUCCAGAGGUACAGCGACAUCCGAGUCAAAGAGGACAAGAAGGGCACGUUGCAGGAUAUGGCCAACCAGAAAGGGGUGGCGUGCAGAGCGCAAGGCUGGAAGAUUCACUUGUGUGCUGCGCAACUCCGGCAGCUGUCGACUUUGGAGGAUGACGUGUACAACCGCCUGUCCUCGCUCCAGGAGGGCCUUAUCCCAAAAAAGAGAGCAGGUUCUGAUGACGACCUCCAUCGCAUCAAUGAACUUAUCCAGGGCAACAUGCAGCGCUGCAAGCUGGUGAUGGACCAGGUGACGGAGGCGCGGGACACCAUGAUGAAAGUGCUGGAGCACAAAGACAAGGUCCUCAAGCUGCUCAACAAGAACAGCGGCGUCAAGAAGUCGUCCAAACUGAAGCGCAAAGAGCGGGCGUGAGCGGGCACUUUUCUAUCUGCCGCCUCCACUUUGGCGCUGAGAAUCUGGUGCUACCAUCUGCAUUCACACAAUCAAAGGCACCCUUCAUCGGCGGGUUGGGGGAGGGGCUUUAGGACGAUGUUCGUCGAAGGCCUCGCAGACAUUUUUGUACUAACUCGGCGUCCGCCGUACUGCGUAGCUGUGAAAAUGCGGCACUGGAGGCGGACCCCCGGUGACUCGGAGCGGCGCGAAUUGAAAUCAUCAAGAAAUGUUUAUGUGAAGACAAGACCAACCUCAAACGUGCUUUUUUUUUUUUGUUUUUUUUUCGACUGGUGCCUUCAUUGUGCGUGAUGUCACAGCUCCUAAAGUCAGAUGUAACCCACAUUUACAGUAAACCAUUAUGAGGAAGUAGAAUACUAAAAUCUGUAAUUGGCCUCUUAUAUGUCCCUUUUUUUGUGUCGAAGGUGAGUGAGCGGCCGGAUGUGUCACUUUUUAAAAAGCUCUCCUUUAUUUAAUUUUUUUCCCUUCCCCCUAAAAAAAAAAAAACGGACGUUUUGUGACGCGAGAAGUGAAAACAAACACCUGGUUUCACAAUGUGGGGAUAAUGUAGUGCGUCUGGGUCAUUCAGCCCUUGUAUAUUGUUCUUUUUGUCUGUAAUUAUAGUAAAGAUGCUUCAACAACA